UCUUCAAAUGGGGUUUGUUGUAUUUGGGUCUCAUUUGCAUUUGCAUUUCCCCUUUUCCUUUCUCCUUUAUAAGCCUCUGUCUUCUACCAUUUUCUCUAUUUUCCAUUUUCACACGAACCCAUUUUUCUCUCUCUGCUUCUUCUUUCAAUCAAGUUUUGCGUGGAGUUUGAAAGAUGGCAGAUGGUGAAGAUAUUCAACCUCUUGUCUGUGAUAAUGGAACUGGAAUGGUCAAGGCUGGAUUUGCUGGUGACGAUGCUCCAAGGGCUGUGUUUCCUAGUAUCGUUGGUAGACCACGUCAUACUGGUGUGAUGGUUGGAAUGGGCCAGAAGGAUGCCUAUGUUGGUGAUGAAGCUCAGUCAAAAAGAGGUAUUCUUACAUUGAAAUACCCAAUUGAACAUGGAAUUGUUAGCAACUGGGAUGACAUGGAAAAGAUUUGGCAUCACACCUUCUACAAUGAGCUUCGUGUUGCACCUGAAGAGCAUCCGGUACUUCUUACUGAAGCACCACUUAACCCAAAGGCAAACAGGGAGAAGAUGACUCAGAUCAUGUUUGAAACCUUUGAUGUACCUGCCAUGUAUGUUGCAAUCCAGGCUGUUUUAUCUCUCUAUGCCAGUGGUCGGACAACAGGUAUUGUGUUGGAUUCUGGUGAUGGAGUGAGUCACACAGUGCCCAUAUACGAGGGGUUUUCACUCCCUCAUGCUAUCCUACGUCUCGACCUUGCUGGUCGUGAUUUGACUGAUGCUUUGAUGAAAAUCCUUACCGAAAGAGGUUACAUGUUCACAACAACGGCAGAACGGGAAAUUGUCCGUGAUGUGAAGGAGAAACUUGCAUAUGUGGCCCUUGAUUACGAGCAAGAACUGGAAACUGCCAGGACUAGUUCAGCCAUUGAGAAAAGCUAUGAACUACCCGACGGGCAGGUGAUUACGAUCGGAGCUGAGAGAUUCCGUUGCCCAGAAGUGUUGUUCCAACCGUCUCUGAUUGGGAUGGAAUCUUCUGGAAUUCAUGAAACCACUUACAACUCCAUCAUGAAGUGUGAUGUUGAUAUCAGGAAGGACUUAUAUGGUAACAUCGUCCUCAGUGGCGGUACAACAAUGUUCCCAGGCAUUGCUGAUCGUAUGAGCAAAGAAAUCACAGCUCUCGCUCCCAGCAGCAUGAAGAUCAAGGUUGUUGCUCCUCCCGAAAGGAAGUACAGUGUUUGGAUUGGAGGAUCCAUCCUAGCAUCCCUCAGUACCUUCCAACAGAUGUGGAUAACGAAGGCUGAAUACGACGAGUCGGGUCCAGCUAUAGUUCACAGGAAAUGCUUCUAAGAAGAGUUGUGAUGCUAAAGUCAACAAUCUUCUAUUACUCCCAUCUUGUGUCAUAUGUCAAGUAAAGUUUGGUUAGUUUUUUACUUUGAAGAUUUGUUUAUACUUUCAAAAGAAAGAUUGGUAAGCUGGAUUCUUGAAGUUGUAAGUUUGAAAUGCGUUUUAUUUUUCAAAAAGAAAACAAAAAUAAUAUAUAGAGAGGGUUUUCUAGAGAUAGUUUUUUUUUUUUUUUUUUUGCAUCCCAAACUAGUAUUUGGAAUAGUUGGGCUAAGUAUGGACAAGAACAACACUUUUGUUUGUGAGUGAUAUAUUGUUGGUUUUGAGGUCAUGAGUUGUAUGCAUUUACACAAAUUGUAAUAGGAACUUCUUGUGAUGGUAUUAGCUGUGAGUUGUAUCAUUUUUUUUGUUAAAGAGUGUUUUGAAUCUUUGAAUUUAAUUGUUAUUGGUUAUAUAAAUGUUCAUGUUUUUAGGACUGAA